AUGGCUUCUGUAAGAAAAAGAAAGAUGGCAAAAUCAUCCGUCAAGAAGGUGUCUAGAAGAAGAAAGGACAAGCAAAGGAAAAUUAAUAUAGCAUGUAAUCCAAUUAUUGAGAAGAACUGGGAUUAUAGUUUGACUUUAUCUCAGAACUAUAAGAAAUUAGGUUUAAGAGGUAAACUGGGUACCCCAGCUGGUGGUUCGGAGGCUGAUUUAGGCAAGGUAUUAAAGAAGGAACCGCUUGUACAGUCUACAUUUGCAGAUUACGACAGCGAAGAUUCAGAUAAUAUAGAAAAAGAUGAUAAGAAUGACACUGAAGAAGAAUUCGAUGAAAAUCUAAUUCCAGAGGGGGAAGCUCGUAUCCAGCGUGAUGCUGAUGGUGCUGUUGUAAAGGUUGUAUAUGGUAAAAUGAAACAGAUUGAUAUUGAUAUGGAUGUAGAAGAACUGAAGAAGAAGAUAGAGGAUUCCGAACAGAAAACUGAUGUUGUAAAGGAGCUGGAAGAAUUUGCUACUGCCAAAUUUGUCAAAAAAGAACGUAUAAAUAGUAGCAGGGAAAACGAAUGGCUAGAAAGCCUUUACAAAAAGCAUGGAGAUGAUUACAAGAAAAUGUCCCGUGAUAUGAGCUUAAAUAUUUACCAACAGACUGCAGGUGAUUUAAAGAGGAGAAUAACCAAAUGGAAGAAGAUUCAUAGCAUUGAAUAA